AUGGCCAAUGAUGAAUUACGUAAAGCAGCUUCACGAAAGAUCCUAUCCCUGGCCUUUGUCCUCACCCCCAAGCCGGCCAUUGUCAUCGUCCCGCGAAACACAAUGGGUAUUUUCAGACAGCUCGCUGAAAAGGAAGUCGACGAAUGUAGAUAUUUGUUCCGUAAAGCCGGUUCGGCUCCCGACAGAUACACUGCGCCGGAGAGCAUCACGAGCGGAGAUGAUUCCAAUCGGUUUCGAAUCCGUGAACGGUCUAUUGGGGCCACCGAUUUGGAAGAGUGGGCGACGAAACCCGUGCCUUUGCCCGCAAACUCGACAACCCCGGGCGGUGACUUUCGGCUUCUCGAGAUCAGAAAAGAGGACGUAAAUGCCCGUUAUCUAGGCAUUGAGAAGAAAAACUACAAUAUGGUCUUCAACGCGUUCGGAAUUAAACCCGCUUUGGGGCUCACGCACCUUGUCAUGCAUACUGACAACCCCAGCGAGGAUUUGUACAUGACACUAACCAAAGAAGCGAGCAGGAGAAACCCAAAGGGGCUAAAAGAAAUCGAGGUUGCGAGGGACCGACAGCAGCAAUUUGACGAAGCUUGGGAUGAGAUUGCAACGGCUGCAUCGCUGUUGCAACUGCACGCGCAGGACAUGGCGCGGGCUGUUGCAGUGAUUGAGAUACCAGUCUCGCUUCAGAUGAACAUUCUUUACAACCUCAUCGCUCAAUCGGACGCCAACGCGAGCAUAAGCCUGGCCAAGGCCGCAAAGGACGACAGCUCGUCGAUGAAGACGGUGGCCGUUGUGACCAUGACCUCUCUGCCGGCCACCUUCUUGGCGACCGUCUUCGCUAUGCCUCUGCUGAAGUGGGACGCGUCGCUGGUCGUGCAAGACAACUUCUGGGUGUACCUGGCCUUCACCCUGCCGAGCACGGCGCUGGUGUUCACCAUCUGGGUCAUCAUCACGCAGCGCGAAACGAUCAAGCACCUUUUGCAGAUACCUUUUGCAGAUGGGGGGAUUGGCUAGGCUGCGGCAAAGACAAAGGGAUACAGAAGACGGAAAUAUGACAGAGAAAGACGAGAGUACUGCAUAAGGGCGCGUCUAUGGUAUUGCCCCAACGGAGGAUUCCGAGGGCUUUGGGAUCGGGGGGUUGACCGGAUGAAACAGGAAUCAGAAUCGUAUUUAUGAGGAUCGCGUUAAGUAUCGACGAGGAACUUGCAGCUGAGAAAUGAAGGGACUACCUAGAAGUGAAAACGCACCUUCCCAGUCAAGCGCCCUCAAGACAAG